CGCAAUGGAAGAUUGUACGGCUGAUCGCCUUGCUGAGCAGUGAACACUGCAUGACUUCCCCUCGCAAGAGGAGACAACAGGCGGGAGGGAGGGGAGGGGAGGGAAGGAGGGCAGACCACCAGCUCCACCAGCUCCAGUAGGAACCAGUUCGCACUCGUUGUCGCGUACAUGUCGCCAUGCCUCGGCCACUUUUAAGCUCGCGGGCAGCCUCCCACUCGGCGGGCCGUCCGGGGUAUUUGCUUCAACAUCGUUGGACAGCCAUAUUCAUUUUUGUCAUUUUGUAUGUCUGUUCGCUCCUUGCCUUCCGCCCUGACUUGGUCGACAUCGGCAAGUCUGACACCCCUCGUCAAACUACACAUCCUUUCGAAUCCAACUCUAGAAAAGACAAAACGUUACAGCAUGGGCGUAGUGACAAGGAGGAGACCUCCGCUUCUGAUCGUGGCUUGCGAAGACAAGGAGUUGAAGAUGAUCCACUCUACAUGGGGGAUGGGAAGCUCCUCAGAGGGGUGGGACCGCAAGAUCGAGGUGUCGCCGAGGGGGCCCCCAAUGCCAUGAAAGACACAGGAAACUGGUCUGCUCGUGUCCCAGAGGUCCCUGCAGGCACAAUGUGCGAGGCGUGGCUGACGGAAAAAGACAGGUUCAAGUACGGUCGGGAUUUCUCUGUGAAUCCCAUCAGAGUUGGAUCUUUACAACAGAAAGUCUGGGAACAAUGUUCUGUCGGGUGUGUUUUCUCCCCAACGACGGAAGCUGUGGAUGGCAACCUGAUCGAUGGACGUGGUGCUUCUGAUCUGCGUAUUGUAAGGACAAUGGAGAGUGAAACAAAUUACCCAAUGUACAAUGUAGAUGCUGCGCAUUCCGCGGGGUUUUCGGUGGUAAUGACCACCAACCUGAAUUCUGAUGUUCCAGUAGGCUAUUUCUCCUGGGCGGAGUACGAUAUAAUGACACCACCUCAGGUGAAGGACAGUCCAUCGGCAGCGGUUGCCUUCAUAUCAAAUUGUGCGGCGAGGACAUUCAGGCUGGCAGCAAUUGAGCACUUCCAGUCAUUGGGUGUCGGUGUGGAUUCGUAUGGUGGAUGCAAAAGAAAUAAGCCUGCGGGGGCAGACAAACAAAAGACCUUGCCGCACUACAAGUUUUGUCUUGCUUUCGAGAAUUCCAUGGAGGAGGAUUAUGUGACCGAAAAGUACUUCCAGUGUUUGGUUGCCGGCUCCGUGCCUGUCGUCAUAGGUGCACCGAAUAUUGACGACUUCGAACCUGCACCGGGCUCUCAUCUCCGCAUCGCGUCAGAAAGCGACAUGGAUGCUGUGGCGCAGAGGAUCACACAGUUGAUGGUGAACGAGGAAGAGUAUGAACGAAUGCUGCGCUGGAAACGCGAAGGUCCCAGUGACAAAUUCCUAGCGCUCGUGGACAUGGCAGCCGUGCAUUCGUCCUGCAGACUGUGUAUCUUUCUGGCAACUAGAUUUCGGGAGCAAGAAGAGAAGGAUGCGGCAUCGCAAUGGGUGAGUGGACAGGGCGGCGCUUCCGACGGACGACCAUGUAGGUGUCGUGAGAGAACUGAGUCUGGCGAAGAGGUGACCGUUUACCAUCUGUAUGUGCGUGAAAGAGGACGCUUCGAGUUUGAGAGUGUUUUCCUGCGGUCGGGGGCACUGACCGAACAGGCGUUAAAGGUGGCAGUGCUUCGAGUCUUCACCGCAAAGGGUCACGUGCCAGUCUGGAAGAACGAGAGACCACCAAUAUUGGCUCGCUCCAACGUUCUGAGAGUAUAUAGCAUUUACCCUGUAUGGGCAACACAGCGGGCUGCUCUGUAUGGAGCUGCAGCCUUGAGAACAGACGAGCAAGUAGCUGCGUUUGUUCACAAUAAACCCUGUGGAAAAUUGGAAGUCAUAUUUGUCUAAACCCUGUUUUCAGUAGGACCAGUAGGUAUAUUGUAUUAGCCAUGAGUUGGUGAUUCAUCUGGUAGCCUGUAGCUAUUAUGUAGGUGAAUUCUGACGCAGAAAAUUUUAGGCUCCCUGUCUUUCUAUCAUGCUCAUCUACUAGUUGGUGAAUUGGGUUCAUAAAUUUUCAGUUCUAAGCAUUAAAAAAAAUAAUAAUAACAAAAAAAUCCGUCUGUUAUGGUUAUUCCAGAUGCGGAACUGGAAACUUUGGGAUCCAGACCUGGGCUCAGGUAUGGGUACCAUUCAGACGACCCGAUUCAUUCCAACCAUGGGGCUGCCCAAUUUAUUUUCAAGAAAUUUCUGGUUUUUCGUUGCCAUGAGUUGGCUAUGGGUUUCAAAAUGAUGAUCACAGGCCAGAAGUUUUUUUGCGUAACUGUGUAUUGCUAUGACACUC